AUGGAUUCACCCGAUUCCAUGAAUCCCGAUAACUCUUGCUUCAUGGACCUCUUACAUAGUCAAAUGGGUACCCAAAAUGUAGUCGCCCAUCCUUACGACAGUUCAUCACAAGUCCCUAUUUUUAGCACCCAAUGUCCCAAUGAUGCUCCAAGUGAAGUUGGAUCCACACAAGUAGGCCGUAGAACAAAAACGACAUGGUCACCAGCAGAUGAUGUUCUGCUCAUCAGUGCAUGGCUAAACACGAGCAAGGAUCCAAUCACUUCAAAUCAGCAAAAAGGUGGAACAUUUUGGUCUCGGAUUGAAAAAUAUUUUGCAUCAAGUCCGAAGGCUGCAGGUCGACCACAUAGAGAGGCCAUGCAUUGUAAGCAGAGGUGGGGGAAGAUUAAUGAUAUAGUGUCCAAGUUUGUUGGAUGCUAUGAGGCUGCAGAAAAGCAGAGAUCAAGUGGGAUGAAUGAAGAUGAUGUUAUGAAGAUAGCACUCCAAAUAUACUUCGAUGAUCAUAAGGUGAAGUUCACCUUGGAGCAUGCAUGGCGAGAGCUUAGGCAUGACCAGAAAUGGUGUUCAUCUUCAUCUACUAGAGGGACUGCAACAACAAAAAGAAGGAAGUGCGUGGAUGGCUCUGCUCAGUCUUCAAGCUCCCAACCACAUGAAGAGGAUGAAUCAACAACUAGGCCACCUGGUAUUAAGGCUUCAAAGGGUAAAUCGAAAAGGAAUGUGAACAAUACAUAA